GGUCGUUAAUUUAAAGAUGGCCGCGAAAGGAGUAGGUAAGGCCGCGUUGCGGCUUUUUCUAGGUACGUGCGUGCCUUCGUCGAAACAGAACGCCGCUAAAGUGAGAGUACCACGAUUGCAAUUCGACGAUUAUCUUCACAUGUACUUCAGAGAGAACUACUUCGUUUAUGCCCACGAUCCGAACAAGUUGUGCAAAACGGGCGAUGUGAUUUUGAUACAGACGUUACCAGAGAAAUUAACGCGCCUGAUUACGCACGAGGUUGUCAAGGUGGUCUAUCCUCUAGGCGACAUAGUCGAUCCAGUCACAGGAAAGGAAGUUGUCGCGACUAGAUAUAGGGAGGACAUAGAUGAAGAGAGCAAAUUAUAUGGCAAAGUGGAUUCGACCUUCGAUUACUCGAAGGCACCACGAAGAGGCAAGCUGGAGGGUACGCGUGACUUCACUCACAAGAAAAGCUAUCUCAAGUAUUAUGAGAAUCCCGAUGACCCGCAGCCAGACACUGUUUCACUGGUAUAAAGUACCACUUGUAUUUGGAAAUUUAAUAAUUAAUAAAUUGUAAAUAUUCAACGGAAA